CUAGGGUUUGCUUCCGGCUAUGGCGAAGAGGCGACCGAGCAUUUCCAGCAGCAACGGCAGCAGCAGCGACGACUCCGAAUCCGAAUCCGACCACCGCUCCAGGCGGCGCCACGGCCGACGCCGCGAGCACGAGAAAUCGAGGUCAGUCUCGCGUCACAAAACCUCCACUAGCAGCAGGGACAGGAAAUCCAAGUCCAGCAGCAGCAGCAGCAGCAAGCACAGCAAGAAGAAGAAGCGCCGCCGCCGCGCGAGAUCGCCGUCGCCCUCCUCCUCUUCCUCUCCGUCGUCCUCUGCCUCGUCGGAGCUCAACGAUGGCGCGCCAUCGGACGACGCGCGCGGCGGGGAUGAAGCCGGGGAAGAACAGGACUCCGCCAAGAAGAUGCUCGAGAUUGACGAGGAGGCGAUCAAGUUCCGGGGGCUGCUCGAGGCCCAGAAGAAGGCCGCGAUGGGAUCUCUGGAGAGCGAGCCCAUGGUCGGCCCGGCUCCGGCGCCCAAGACGGAGCGGCACAUAAGCUACGGAGGAGCGCUGCGGCCGGGAGAGGGAGACGCCAUCGCCCAGUACGUCCAGCAGGGGAAGCGAAUCCCUCGCAGAGGAGAGGUGGGUCUCUCGGCGGACGAGAUCCAGAAGUUUGAGUCGCUGGGCUACGUGAUGAGCGGCAGCCGGCACCAGCGCAUGAACGCGAUUCGAAUCCGGAAGGAGAACCAGGUGUACAGCGCCGAGGACAAGCGAGCGCUGGCCAUGUUUAACUACGAGGAGAAGGCCAAGCGCGAGAGGAAGGUCAUGUCGGAUCUCCAGCGGCUCGUCCAGCGGCAUAUCGGUGCCGACGUUGGCCCGACUCACGAUCCAUUCGGCAAAGGUACCGGGGCAGAGGUAGCCGAAGGAUAGAGUGCGUGUGUAUUUAGCAGCAAGAACUCUUAAGAACAAGAACAAGUAAAACAGGAACUUUCAAGAACAAGAACAAUAGUGUAUUAAUCCUUUAUCAUCAUCUUCUGGAAGAAAAUCUACAAAUUACUCGAAGAACAUAUAUCGCAGCUAGAAGCUAUAACUGUUCGAGAUUUUGUAUAUAAGCUUUAUUUUCAGUUUU